CGGCGCCAAUAUGGACCAGCGACUGCGACUCUUUUCCAGCCCUCUUCCGUUUACCUGUACACCUUCCGAUAACUCCUCCUGGCACCCUGGUCUCUUAUCCAUCCGCUGGGACCUCGCACAUAUAAAGGCAGCCCGUACUCGAUAACCCGCAUCCCGUUCUGACUCGAUCAUCCCCUCCCCCCUCCCCCGCAAAUCAUGGCACCUACCGCCACCCUGGAGUACGCAUCCAAUGCGCCAGACCCCCUCCCCUACCCGCGCUUGGCGAAGCACCACCUUCUGCCGGGCAAAAACACGCCAGACUACCUACGCCUCAUCCUCACCUCCAAGGUCUAUGAGAUUCUCGACGAGACCCCGCUUGUGCACGCCACCAACCUCAGUGCGAAGCUGGGGAACCAGAUCUACCUCAAGCGCGAGGACCUGCAGAAGGUCUUCAGCUUCAAAAUCCGCGGCGCGUACAACUUUAUGGCUAGCUUGACCGAGGAGGAGCGGUGGAAGGGCGUCAUCACAUGUAGUGCUGGCAACCACGCACAGGGCGUCGCCAUGUCUGGUGAACGCCUCGGCGUCCCAUGCACGAUCGUCAUGCCCAACGGCACCCCCUCCAUCAAAGUCCGCAACGUCGCGCGCAUGGGCGCGAAGGUCGUCCUCCACGGCGCCGACUUCGACGCGGCCAAGGCCGAGUGCGCGCGCCUCGCGAAGCUGCACGGCCUCGUCUUCGUUCCCCCGUACGACGACCCGCUCGUCAUCGCCGGCCAGGGCACCGUCGGCGUCGAGAUCCUCAAGCAGGUGCCGAAAGCGGACACCCUCGACGGCAUCUUCGCUGCGGUCGGCGGUGGCGGGCUUGUGUCGGGCAUUGCGGAGUACGUGAAGCGCAUCGGGUCACCGAAGACAAAGGUCGUGGGCGUUGAGACGUUCGACGGGGACGCGAUGGAGCGCAGCUUGGCGGCGGGCGAGCGCGUAACUUUGCCGGAUGUGGGUCCAUUUAGCGACGGCACAGCGGUGAAGAUUGUGGGCCAGGAGCCGUUCAGGAUCUGCAGGGAGUUGCUGGACGGCAUCGUCAAGACUGACAACGACGAGAUAUGCGCGGCCAUCAAGGACAUCUUCGAGGAGACGCGCUCCGUCACUGAGCCAGCAGGAGCCUUGGCGCUUGCCGGCCUCAAGCGCUACAUCAUGAACAACGGCCUCAUGGGCGCGAACAAGCGCUUCGUCGCCGUCGUCAGCGGUGCCAACAUGAACUUCGACCGCCUUCGCUUCGUUGCAGAGCGCGCCGAGAUCGGAGAAGGCCGCGAAGCGCUGCUCAGCGUCGAAAUCCCCGAGACACCCGGAGCCUUCAUCAAACUCCACAGCAAAAUCCAUCCCCGCGCGAUCACCGAAUUCAUCUAUCGAUACAGCUCCGCGGACAAGGCGCACGUAUUCAUGGCGUUCAAGUUGCAGACGCCGGACCGAGCACGAGAAGUGCAGAUGGUGCUCGACGAGCUGAACAAGGAUGGAAUGACAGGUAUCGAUAUCAGCGACGACGAGAUGGCCAAAAGUCAUGGGCGUUACAUGAUUGGCGGGCCACAGAGCGUACCGAAUGAGCGCCUAUUCAGAUUCGAGUUCCCCGAGAGACCAGGCGCGCUGCGGAAGUUCUUGCUUGAGACUCAGUCUCACAACUGGAAUAUUUCGCUGUUCCAUUACCGAAAUCAUGGCGCUGACCUAGGAAAGGUUUUGGCGGGCUUGCAGAUCUCUCCAGAAGACUACGAAGUCUUUGAUGGGUAUCUCAAGACCUUAGGAUACACAUUCAAGGAGGAAACGGAUAACUUGGUGUAUAAGAGGUACCUCUGUAAAUCCUCAUAGACAUGUACACCUGUAGAACACGCAACCUGUAUCACUAGACCGAUCGCGCGAGCUUGCUGUGUGUGGGGGGAGUCUGCUGGCAUCACGCGUGCAUUGCAUGACUGCGAGAGGCGACGGUGUAAUUGCGGCAUUGGCACCAUUCAUCGCACCCUCGGAAUAGCCGAGAUGGUUUCCGGACAGCCUUCACGUUCAUUCUAGGUGUGCUACCGUACAUGGGGG